AUGGAUGGCGAACUGUUCGACAACAGUACCUUCCUCUCACCCGAUGGAGCAACUUGGAACAACUUUACAGAAGAGAUUGUUUACCUUGACACUGCGUUCUUCGUGAUCCGGUGCAUUGUCCCCCCAAUCUACCUCCUCCUCAUCACAGUGGGCUUGCUGGGGAACAUCACUUUGGUCAAGGUCUUUGUAGCCAACAGUGCCAUGAGAAGUGUGCCUAACAUUUUCAUUUCCAGCUUAGCGGCUGGCGACCUGCUGCUCCUAGUCACUUGUGUCCCCGUUGACGCUGCCAGGUAUUUCUUUGAGGACUGGAUCUUCGGAACACUGGCUUGUAAACUCAUCCCCCUGAUCCAACUCACCUCAGUGGGAGUGUCAGUGUUCACCCUGACAGCUCUCAGUGCAGACAGGUACAAGGCAAUCGUAAACCCUAUGGACAUUCAAGUGUCCAGUGCAAUCUUUCACACAUGCCUCAAGGCGGUCACCAUCUGGAUGAUCUCCAUGGUCCUGGCCAUUCCAGAAGCGGUGUACUCUCAGGUGGUGCAGCAUCACAACGGGGAGAAUGAAAGCUUCAGUGCCUGUGUCCCGUACCCGCUCUCCGACAAGCUGCACGCAAAAAUCCACUCGGUGAUGAUAUUCCUGGUGUACUAUCUCAUUCCCCUUGGCAUCAUCAGCAUCUACUACUUUCACAUCGCUCAGAGCUUAAUCAAGAGUGCCCAUGACAUGCCAGGAGAAAGCAGCGAGCAUGUCAGGCGACAGAUGGAAACCCGAAAGCGCCUGGCGAAGAUUGUAUUGGUGUUUGUGGGCUUGUUUGCCCUCUGCUGGUUCCCCAACCACGUGCUAUACAUGUACCGCUCCUUCCACUACGGCGAGAUCGACCCAUCACUCGGGCACCUCAUGGUCACCGUGCUGGGCCGCGUGCUGAGCUUCUCCAACUCCUGCGUGAACCCCUUCGCCCUGUACCUUCUGAGCGAGAGUUUCCGGAGGCAUUUCAACAGUCACCUCCGAUGCCAGAGGCGACGAUCGCAUUCCAUCUCCAGCAGCUACUUCCAGAGCACGUCGGCCAUGAGGAUGACAUCUGUACGAAGCAGCAACAGGAACACCAUUAGCAACGGCCACAGCCUCAAACAGGAGUCAGUGGCAUAA